AAUAGAGGCAUUAAAUCAGCAAAGUGCUAAAGCAGCUGAAACACCUAAACAAAAUUUGUACUUGAAAGGUUUGUUUCUCUUGGUUAUUAAGCUUUCUUGAAAACCAAGUUUGGUUGAGUACUAAAAUUAUUAUUUUGAUCCUUUACAUCCAGCAGCCAGACCAUCGUUCAAGCCUCGUAACUUGCAAGAUGAAGCAACCAGGUAAGCCGUAGCAUGCUAAACCUUUUUUUGAGAUACAAUAUGAUGUGAUGAGCAGACAAUCUCUUUGUACUAUGUUGUUAUGCGUAGUGAGUAUUGAUGCCAAUAUACUGAGAAAACUGAUCACCAUCUUGAUUGGAAACAGAUACGCAUAUGCAAGAGGAGGAGGUUUUAGUAAUGGAAUGAUUGGUGGAGGGUUCUCAGAAUCGGAAAGUGACAUAUCAUUUAUAAGCUCUGACAGGGCGAGCACUGACCGAGCUUCUUCUGUGAUGUAUGACUAUAUGGACCGAGGGCGGCUAUCUACCAGCUCAGACCAAAGCUUUGGAUCAAUGCGCCUAGGACCUAAGUUUGCGGAACUCAAUUUUCCACAAGAUUUCUCAUCAGUUUCACAUGAAAGCAGCCGAACAUCAUCAUCAUGGUCAUCACAGAACCUGGUAAGCAACCGAAAAUCUCAAACCUUUUACAUCUUAUAAGAUGAUUGUUUUCACCAUCAUCACUUUCUCAACAUUUUUGUUCAAAUAUCCUUCCUUUCACAUUAUCUAGAUGAUUUUUGCACUGCAUUUAUUAAACUGACGUAGGAUGAAGUAGAAUCGGAGAUGAGGAGGCUAAAGCUAGAGCUGAAGCAAACAAUGGACAUGUACAGUACAGCAUGCAGAGAAGCAAUUACAGCUAAACAGAAAGUGAGUGGAAGUCAGAUUUGCUUUCUGCAAUUUUUUUCAAGAUUCCAUUUAAAUUUACGUCCACGACAGGAAAUGAAGUUGCACAGCUGGAGGGCUGAAGAGGAACAAAAACUCGAGGAGGCACGACUGGGUCAAGAAGCAGCACUGGCAGUUGCAGAGAAAGAAAAAGCUAGGUGCAAGGCAGCCAUGGAAGCAGCUGAUGCAGCUAAAAGAAUUGCAGAAUUUGAGUCAAAUAAACGGGUUAACGCAGAAAGUAAGGCUCUUAGAGAAGCAGAGGACAUGAGGAAGCUAUUGUCAAAUCUAGCCCACACUGAUGACAAGUAUAGGAGGUAUUCCAUUGAGGAGAUUGAAGAAGCAACAGAACACUUUUUGCCAUCUCGAAAAGUUGGGGAAGGAGGUUAUGGUCCUGUCUAUAAGUGCUAUCUUAAUCACACGCCGGUUGCAGUCAAGGUAUUGCGCCCGGAUGCUGCUCAAGGAAGGUCACAGUUUCAGAAAGAGAUCGACAUACUUAGCUCCAUUCGACAUCCCAACAUGGUGCUGCUUCUUGGAGCCUGCCCAGAGUACGGCAUUCUAGCCUAUGAAUACAUGGCGAAUGGAAGCUUAGACGACUGUCUCUCAAGAAAAGGGAACACUCCAGCUUUGUCUUGGCAACUUAGGUUCCGCAUUGCAGCUGAGAUUGCCACAGGCCUACUCUUUCUUCACCAGACGAAGCCGGAGCCCUUGGUGCACCGUGACCUCAAGCCGGGCAACAUUUUGCUAGAUCACAACUAUGUGAGCAAGAUUAGUGAUGUCGGACUGGCCAGACUUGUCCCAGCUGUUGCUGAAAACAUGACGCAGUGCCUCAUGACAGCAACAGCCGGAACAUUCUGCUAUAUUGAUCCUGAGUAUCAGCAGACAGGUAUGCUUGGUGUAAAAUCUGAUGUAUACUCCUUAGGCAUUAUGCUUCUUCAAUUGGUAACAAACAGACCACCUAUGGGGUUGGCUCACCAUGUCGAAAGUGCAAUUGAAAAGGGCACAUUCGCGGAGAUGCUGGACCCAUCUGUGCCUGAUUGGCCAUAUGAAGAAGCCUUGAGCUUUGCAAAGCUAGCAGUCCAAUGUGCAGAACUUAGAAGGAAGGACAGGCCGGAUCUUGGCACUGUGAUACUGCCAGAACUGAAUAAACUGAGAGAACUUGCUGACGAAAAGAUGAACCACAAGUUAUUAGGAGGCAAUGAUGGCCCUUCUCCUAAUCAUAGUCGUGUUGCCGAUCAACAUGUAAGUCAAGAAAACCGAAAAGUUCAGAAGCAUUUAGUUGCACAAGUCUACCCCUAAAAAUUUAAAUAUAAACUCCCAACCUUCCCUAAAGUUUCCUGGUAUUGCAAAUUAAGUGUAGAGAAUUAGAUUGGAUAGGGCAGCUCUUUGGAAUCAAUGCAUGUUGAAGGAAGAAAUGGAUGAAAGUUCCAAUUUUGUCCAAGUUGAAGGUAGAUGAUGGAUUAGGCAUGAUCGAAACGUAUCCUCCAAAUCUUACCAUUUUAUUUAUGGAUUGGAAGCAAUGAAGUUAACAGCCAUUUCUUCGUUCAACAUACACAUAAUCAAGCGAAUCAUCCAAUCAGAUUCAAUCUUAGACACCAAACAAGGCCUAAGUUAGUAUUCCAAUGCCAUAAAAACCAAUAGCAACUGUAACUUCUUAAAAUGAUCAUCAAAUUUAACUAAAAUAUUGACAAAAGCACAUCUUCUGCAGGAAGUAAUAAGCGAUCCACAGCUCAAGAAUUCGGAAACCUCAAAGAGCCAGUCGAGCACAUCUUCACAAUCAGAAAUACAAGCAGAAGAAGCAGGUAUAGACACCAUAAACUAUAGACUGACAAAUAAUCUUUGGCAACAAAUUAUGAAGAACUGAAUUUUAAUUAUUUUUCGAUUUACUUUUCCUUCACAGGGACAACUGCAUAAAUAUUGAUAGCAAGUUUCUGUGAGUUCCAGAUGUAACAUUGCUCCAGUGACCUCAUUAGAAUAAUUGUCACACUUUUUUUUACUCAAUUUUUCUUUUUUCGAUUGAAAUUUUGGAUCCCAGAAUGUUUGGAUUUUUAUUUUUUUUAAAUUCAAAUUCUCUUCCAGCCUGAAACUUUGUUCCAAUUGUCAUGUAAAUAUGAUUGGCAUUACAUGUAAAUAUUUACAAUUUAUGAACAAUGAUGAUUGAUGAGUAAUGAAAUGUGCAAAUUCAAAAUAUGCUUGUAAAAUAAAAAGACCAAGAAAUCGAAAAUUACUUACAGGUCCUCAAUUUUUGCUCCAAUUUUCUGUACAGACAUCAAAUGGUGAAUGGCCAUUUCUGAAGAAAAAGGAAAAAGUUUUGAAAUUGC